UCCAGGUUGCCUAUAUAAGAGCAGCUCAGUCUAGUCUGGGAGGCUGACUGACAGAGGAAGACAGUUUAGUGUGUUCAUUUUCCCUUUGCAGGUUUUCUAAGACCACAGACCUCAAUGUGUAAGGGACUCUCCUCCCUGCCCUCCUCAUGUCUGGAGAAGGCAAAAGAGAUGCGGGUGAAGUUAAGUCAUCUUGCUGAGACGCAUCACAAGCACAAGGUUCAGGAUGGAAAAACUCUUCAAGACCUGGAAACUCUACUAAACAACAAAAGUGGUCUGCAGGCAUUUCGUUCGUUCCUGCGUUCAGAGUUCAGUGAGGAGAAUCUUGAGUUCUGGCUGGCCUGUGAGGAUUAUGGGGUUUUGCCUUCAAACCUGCAGAAGAUCAAGGCCAGCAGCAUCUACAGCCAGUUUAUCAACCCUGAUGCCCCUCAAGAGGUAAACUUGGAUGCUGAGACCCGGGAGGCUCUGUUGAGUGUGAUGGACUCUCCCUGUGCUGACACAUUCAAGAGGGCACAGCAGGGGAUCUACACUCUGAUGGCCAAAGACUCCUUCCCUCGCUUCCUGCGCUCUCAUCACUGCAUAGAGGCCAUUAAGGCUUUCUAAACAUACACUGUUUAUUACCACAGACCUGCUUUAGAAAUAAGUGUUGAUGGAUCUGUACUGCUGGACAUGUUGAUUGAAUUUUAUCAUUUAUUUUAACAACUAGCUAGCCUUGUGAUUGUUUUUCUUAUAGUAGUGCUGAUCCCUGUGCAGUGUAUACAGGAUGCAUGCUGUUGCUGUUAUGAUAAUUAGUUGUAGGCAUAGUUUAAAAGUCUAACAUAGGAACCUUAUGAGUGCGAUUACUGCAAGUGACACUCACAAAGUAUUUAAAUAAAUGUCUCAUUAAAGAGAAACCAUAAUGUGGUGUUUAAUGGUAAGUUUGCUCUGGCACAGGCUUCUAAGAGUGUAUGUUGACAUUAAAACAGUUUAAACAA